AUGGGAAGAAAUAAUCAAAACGACGAUAAGAAGGACGUUCAAUUCGUUCCUCACGUAGAGGAUUCUGCAUCUUUUGUUGCUUGUGACGAGAUACCCACACCAUCAACAACUCAGUGGACGAAACCUUUAGUAUUGGAUACAUCAAAAAUCAAAAUUGCCAGAUAUUAUGAGGGAAAGACAGACGAUGAUGAGGAUGAAGAGGAGGAUGAAGACAAUGAAACCCAGGACAAAUCAGAGGGGAUCUCAGAGGAGCCAAUAGAAACGACAGAAACAAGCGAUACCCCGCUGUCGGAUACCAAGGAUGAAGGUCCACCUUUAAAGGAGGGGGAUGGUUCUAAGGAGGAAGAGAAUAAUGACGUAUCCAGUUUAACAGAAGAAAAUCAGUCCACUGAAAGCGACAAGCCUUCAUCCUCGACUGAAGAGUCGAGUGACUCGAAAUUGAUAGAGUCUAGCUCAAAUACGGAAGAAAGUCUAGCGAGCGACAUUACAGAAGCAGAGCUGGAGCCAGCACCGAAUAACGAUACAGAAAGUCCUUCCGAUCCUACCCCGAAUACAAAUGAUAGCACAGCCACUUCCGUUCCGGACACUCUACCAGGAGACGACAUACACGAUGACAUACAUGGCGACAUACUGGACGACAGGCAUGCUCUGAGCAGAGUAAACUCGCAUCAAUCGCAUUCACCACAACAUGUAGUUCAUUUCGCCGAUGGAAUAGAAUCGACAAGUUCCAAAUCAAAAAUCAAGAGCAAUAAGAGUGGUAGUGACAAGAAAACUGCUCCACCCGAAGUACCACUCAAGCCUGAGGCUUUAUCUGUUAAAAAGAGCAAAAGUGGUAGCGGGAGAAGUUCAAUAUCUACUCGGGAAAGCUCAGUAGUACCAUCGGAAGUUCCAAAUUCACCAUCGGGCGACCCCGAUGAUUCAGAUCCACAAUCAAGGGGCAAGAAAAGGAAGGCGAAGGACGGGAAAGAGAAAAGCGGCAAUAAGAAAAGUAAGAACAGAGGAAAAGAUGCUUCAGAGUCGGCACUCGUACCAAUACCGCUCGCAUCAAUAUCAAUACCAUCGGAUCCUAUAACAGGGAGUAAUAACCCUAUAACGACUUGCAAUGAGGUGGCGGAUUCGGCUCAAGAGCCACAGGAAACUCCAGAAGUUGUUCAGCCAGCAUCUGAUCCUGAGGCCGCCCCGUUAUCAGACGAUAAUCCAAGCGAGGACGUAGAGACAGAAGAAUUAAUUCACACAAAAGAGAGCGUUCCGACGCAACCUGAAGAACAUCCAGCCACGGAGAAGAGGUUAACGAGCGAUGCGCCAGCUUUAGAUGACGCACAGGUGGAAGGCGAAGACGUUCCAAGCACGGGAGAGGCAUCUGCGGGUGAUGUCUCAACAGUGGAAGAUGUACAGAGGGAAGCGGAAGAGAAUGAGAACACGGAAGAAACUCCCAUUGACAACCAAAACGUCCAAAUUUAUGAAGAAAUUCCUGUUACAAAUGAAGCGCCUGAAAUCAUUGAUGAUAAGCCUACAACUGCAGAUGGGCUGGACGUGAAUACCGAGGAAUCUAGCAGCGAGCCUGUUUCGGAAGCUACAGCAGAAAAUCCUGUCACUAAUGAGGAGGUAUCUCCUCCGGAUGAACAUGAUCCACAAGAAUCUGAGGUAACGGAUGAGAGUUCAAGCAGUGAGGAUACUUCAACCACAACGAACGAGACUCCGGUCCCUAGCGAAGAGUCUUCAGACCCUGCCGAAUCCAUUCUGACAAAUGCCAUCGGCGAAAAAGAUCCGAGUCACAUAGAGACACCUACAAUAAGCGAUGAGACAAAACCGAAGGGCGAUGCUCCCUCUAGCGUUGAACCGGCUGUUGUGGAAGAAAGUACAAACCUCAGUCAGGAAGCACCUCCUCUUGCUGAGCAUGUGUCUGAGAAGGGCAUUGUCUCGGAACCCGAAAGCGAAGUUCAAUUGAGCGAGGAAUCCAUUGAGAAAAGUCCUUCCGAAGAACCUAAUAUUCAAGAAGAGAUCACCAAUUCAACCGAGUUGGCAUCUACACCUGUCGAGGAACCAGUAGCGAUUGAGAACGGCGUCCAAGUCGACGAGAAGGAAGGAUCUAGUGACGCUAAUCAAGGGACGGUAGAAACUUCAAAGGACACUGUUGUGAAGGAACAGGAUGCACAGGGCUUGAAAGAUGAACCUUCUGAAGACAACGAAGCCGAAAUGCCAAGUCCCGAAAAAGCUGCACCCGAAAACAUUGAUACUCUCGAAGUUGUGGAAGAUCAGGUGGACAAAGUAGCUGAUUUGAACGUAUCACCCUCUGAGCCAAGUGACGAUAUCGCCAAAGAAGAAAAAUCUAGGGAUAUCGAUGACGAUACUGAAACUCAUGGAGGCCCAUCCGAAAACGUCGAGACUGAUGACAUGAAAGAUCACGUGGAGGAUUCCGACGUCGAGGACCAUAUUGUUCAGGAAUCAGCAGCUGCAGACGAUGCCAAUGAAGUUCCAGUCGUUCAAUAUAACACCAGUGAAGACUCAAAUGUCUUGGAGAACUCGAAUGUCGAAACAGAGUCAGAAACGAUUGAGCCAAACAAUGAAAUUCCAAAUGUUCCAGUUCCGGUUUUAGCCGAGGAUUCAACACAGAACCAGGGGAAAGGCGCCCCCGAGGUAGAUGAACAGAAACCGGACUUAGAAGUCAAAGGAUUGCCAGCCGACAGCGGAAAUGUUCAGGAAAGUCCAGUGAGCGAGGGAACAUCGGAUGAGAAUCGCUUGGAAAAUUCACCAGUCAUAAUUGAGGAAAAUCCAGAGCCAGAAACUUCCGUGUCAAUCGAGCAGACAUCACCCGAAACGGGAGAAAUUAAUGACAAUUCUAAAAGCGAAGAAGCUCCAAUUAUGGCCGAUCAACCUUCCGUCGAGGUAGAAAGUCCCAAGGAAUUGCAGGAAUCUGAAGAAUCUGCCGCCAAAAUCGAGGAAUCGCAAGAAAUCCAAGCAAACGGGGAUACAGCAGAACAACCUAAGAGCGAAGAUUUGCCCGCUAUGAGUGAAGAUAGACCAGGAUUGGAAAAUACUUCUCCUGCGGAAGAUGCAGAAAAUUCCCAUGAAUCUCCAGAAAGUGAUGAGAUAGCAGAUUUACUCAUGCCCGAACAAGAUGUCGUUGUGGUUAAGGAAACAGACAAACAAGAUCAAGAAGAGUGGCCAAGAGAAGAAGAUCCAAAAUUAAUGGAAGAAGCUGAAAAAUCUCCUGAACAAGUCGCUCCUCUACCUGAGACUGAUAGUCAAGUUAUUCCUGUCAAUACUGAAAAUGCUUCUGAGCCCUUGAGCGAGAAUUCGCAGCCUGAACCUGCAGAAGAAGAAAUUAGCACUGAUAUUCCGAAGUCAUCCAUCGAAGAAGAAGAGCAGCAACCUGAGAAUUCCCAUGAUGAUUCUCCUCCAUCUGCAAAGAAAAAUCCCGUCGAAAGCCACGCAGACAACACCGAGCCUGAGCCAAUCGGAGAACUCCAAGCCAAUUCCUCUACUAACGAGCAUGGAGACGGAAUUGAGGUAGAGGAAUUGAGCGAAUCCGAUCCAGUCGAGUCCGAAAACGACGCAUCGAGCUGGGAUGGCGAUUCAAGCGAAGAAGAUUUGGAUUCUGGCGAGGAGAGCGAGCACGAGAAUGAUAAAACGCCUGUUGCUAAUGAAAACCACUUUGAACGAACAACUAGGGGGGAAGAUCCAUCUGAGACAGAAACAUCUGAGACAGAAACGAAGGUUUCAGGUCUAGAAAAUCAAUUGAAUGAAGCCCCGGAAGCUCCUGUUGUAGAAAAUCCUCCGGAAUCCGUGGCUGGGGAGGAAAAUACUCAAGUCGAUGAACCUGUUGCUGAAAAUCCCAAUGUUUCUAUUUUUCAAGAAGAAACUACAGAGGACCUCCCCGAAUCCACGGACAUGAAAGAAAAUACACAUUCAGAUGACAUAGUCACCGUUCAAGAGCCUGAUAUUUCCGUUCUUGAAGGAAAGCCUAUGGAAACCUCGGAAGUACCUCCUGUGGAAAAUACACCCGAAUCAGUGGAUGAAAAAGAAAAUACUCCACCGAGUGAAGAAAACAAUAUCGAAGAAAUCCACGUUCCCGUGCACGAGGAAGAGCAAGAGCAAGAACUCGACGAAAAUCCAGCUACUCCUGCUGCGGAAAGUCAUCCAGAACCAGCAAGCGAGGAAGACAAACCUACCAAAGAUUUAGGAACCGAUGGUGCCGCUCCAAUGCAAGGUUUAGUCGAGGACUCAAAAACACCGGCUCUUGAAGAAAACAGUUCCGAACUAGGUCCCGAGGAGGAGGAACAUUCUCAAUCAGAAGAAGUCGUUACCGGCGAACAACUCAAUCUUCUAAUGCCUUUAGAGAAAUCCACCGAGAACACGGAUACUGCCGAAAUUGAAAGUUCUCCCGAACCUGUCGGCGAGGAUGCCUCAAUCGAGACUCCAGAAAACAUCUCGUCACAGACAACAGAUAUUCCCGUUCCCGUGCAAAACUCAAUUGAGGAACCAGAAGUUACUGUCGAAGAGGAAAUUGAAUCCGAAUCGGUCAUCAAAGGGAAUGAGCCUAUUUAUUCCGAAGAAGUUGUCUCAGAUGAAGAUUCCGACGUCCCAGUUUCGAAAGAACAAACGGUUGAGUCUCUCGAAGCUCCUGCUGCACGAGAAGAGGUAAUCCAGGAUGAGGUUGCUGAGGAUGUUACUGCCAUCACAGAUGAAGAGCCCGAAAUUAUCGAUGAUGAUCAGUCCAUAGUAGAGGAUGAUGGAAUAGCAGGGAACGUGGAAGCUACACCAGCUGAACCUGAAUCUGCACCGGUUGAUUCUAUACCUGUCGAAGCAGUCGUAGAUGAAGAACCAUCGAUAGAAACACCCCAAAAGGAGGAUGUUCCAGAAAAAGAGGCUGAACCAGAACCAACACCAAAACCAACGGAGACUAUUUCCUUGGAAGAGCCCUCUACAGAAAAUUACGUCGCUGAACAGCCCGCCGCAGAUUCAACCCAAGACAUUCCAGCUGGAACGGAACCUAAAUCCACACCAACUGAUACUACUCCGGUUCCCGUCCAAGAACCAGUCUCCCUGGAGCUUCCAUUAGAACCAGAAGCCACAGCCAACGAUUCCGUUCCAGAGCCUGAACCUGUAGUUGUAGAAGUAACUGCUCUUGAAGCUAGCCCACCCGAUAGUGUUGAAGAACCAGUAAAUGAAAGUAAACCUGAUUCUGAAAGUUUUGAAAAUUCAGCCGCUAUGGAAGCCGACGCGACCUCAACAACUUCACCACCAACGGAACCCGUCGAUAAAUUAUCUUCAGAGUCUGAGCCUACGCAAAUUGAUGUCGUUGAAUCCGCCGAGGAAGAUGAACAGUCUGAGGUUGCUGAGAAAGCAGAGGCAUGUUUGCCGGUAGAGGAAGUUCCAACUUCCCAAGAACUAAGUGAAGAAGCUAGCCUUGAGGAUACCAAUGUUGAACCUACCGGUGAGACCGUUCAAAAACCAACCAUCGAGGAACCUGUAGUUGAGCCCGCCGAGGAUGCGCCACAAGAGGAAUGUAUCGCCGAAUUACCUGUCAUCGAGGCAACCCCGCAAUCGGUAGUGGAGGAAUCCAGUGAUGAUGUGGAAGAACUUGGAGAGUCUGUUGCUGGAGCGGCCGAACCGCCAAGUGAUGAGCCUGCUUCAAUGAAUGAAACGCCCCUGGAGCCCCAAACAUCUACACCAUCUUUAGACCUAGUUGAAGAGCAAGGUGAACCUCCUGAAGACGAGAAGCCAGUUGAAGUAGAAGCCGAUGAUGUUGCUGCUGUUGCCUUUGCUGGACUUGCAGGUGCAUCCGCAGUCAAGGCCUUGAACAGUAAAGAAGAGACUGCACCGAUAGCCAAACAACCUUUGGUCAACGAGUCAGAUCGCGCUGACAGACGCGAAGAUAAAGACGUCGAAUCGCCCUCAAAAUCGGAUAACUCGGAUAGAGACAGACGUAGGCAUAGGAGCUCAAGACACCACUCAUUCAGUCACCAUCCACCUAAAUACGGCGAGUACCCACCUUCUAGCAAACCUGAGGAACAGCCACGGCGCCGAAGACAUUCUCACAGUCACAGAGCUAGUGGCCUGACUAGCGAUAGAGAAGAUGACAAAGAGAUCCAUCGGAGCCACAGAUCUAGCCAGAAGGAAGAGGAAAGAGAUCGACCAGAACGUUUCCAUCGUCGACGAUCUAGUUACAGAGAAGAUGAUCCAGAGCGCUCAUAUCGACGGAGGUCUAGUCGUAAAGAAGACAAGGAAGAGAAAGGGGAGCCAAGCCGUGAAAUUUCUCCAGCGAAACAAUCCCCAGAGCGCAGAGAUAGUGCCAUUGAGGGUGUGGAUGACGAACGUGAAAGGCGCCGUCGCCAUCGAAAAGAUCGUAGUCGAGAGGAAAAAGAAGAGCAUGACAGGAAAAAGGAUGAACGUCGAGCAGCCAAGAGAGAGGCGGCAAUUAAGGCUGAAGAAGCUUUCAGAGCAGAAGAAGCCUCCAGAGCAGAAGCCCAGAGAUUAGAAGAGGCAAAAGCAAACGGGGCACUUCAAAAGAAGACAGAAUCCAAUCCGUUACCAGCAGCUCUAAAGCGAUCAGGAUCACGGAGAGAGAGCGUCUCGAAGUCAGUUUCGAUUAUUCCUCCUGAAAAUGACAACAAUCUCAAGUCUCGACUCCUCAGUCUCAAGAGGCGUGUCAAAAGCGAGGUUAUCAGUCCAUUUAUAGCCAAUGAUGAACCACAAAUCAAAGAGAAACUUAGCCCCAUCACACGCUCAAGGAGAGAUUCUAUCGUCGAUGAGGCGGGAUCUCCACAAUAUGACAUGGCGCCAGAACGUCCAAAGAUGAGUUCAGGUACAAGGAAGUCAUCCUCUCGUUCAAAUCCGCAUCACUCGCACUCCUCCUCCCGCCGAGAGUCGGAACGAACUUAUAAUACCAUGAAAGAACCGAGUCGACGAGAAUCUACCAGCGAGAAGUACAAGACGGAGGAGGAGAAAGAAGCAAGAAGAGCUCGCAGGGAGAUGAGGAGGCAUGAGAAGCUUGCGAAAGAGGAGGCGGAAGUGGAAAACAAACUGCAAAGAGAAAAAGAUGACGAGUUGAGACGCCGACAUCGUGAGGAGCGACGAAGAAGGCGAGAGGAAAGAGAAAACGAGGAACGAGAGGCCAAUGAGCGAGAUGUCGAAGGAAAAUUCGGCAAAUUAUCGGAGCCAGAUGCCGACAACCAAGAACCAAAACCUAGCUCAAGGCCAAGUAAUCGCGAAAGACGGCCGACGAGGCACCAUUCAAAUUCCUAUAGUUCAAAGGGGCCUCGUUCAGAGAUGCCACCACUUCGAGGCUCUCGUACAGCGGAGGCAGCAGGGGAGAAACCCAAGAAUGCUUUCAAGAGCUUCAUGACAUUGGGAAAGAAGGUCUUUGCCUCGGAAAAGCGUUGA